AUGGAAUAGCAAAGAUCAAUGAAAGUAAAAGCUGGUUCUUUGAGAAGAUAAACAAAAUUGAGGAACUUUUAACCAGACUCCAAGAAAAACAGGGAGAGGACUCAAAUCAAUAAAAUUAGAAAUGAAAAAGGAGAAGUUACAAUGGACACUGCAGAAAUACAAACCAUUGUAAGAGACUACUACAAGCAACUCUAUGCCAAUAAAAUGGACAACCUGGAAGAAAUGGACAAAUUCUUGAAAGGUAUAACCUUCCAAAACUGAAUCAGGAAGAAAUAGAAAAUAUGAACAGACUGAUCACAAGUAAUGAAAUUGAAACUGUGAUUAAAAGUCUUCCAACAAACAAAAGUCCAGGACCAGAUGACUUCACAGGUGAAUUCUAUCAACCAUUUAGAAAAGACCUAACACCCAUCCUUAUCAAACUCUUCCAAAAAACUGCAGAGGAAGGAACACUCCCAAACUCAUUCUACGAGGCCACCAUCAUCCUGAUUCCAAAACCAGACAAAGACAUUACAAAAAAGACUACAGACCAAUAUCACUGAUGAAUAUACUUGCAAAAAUCCUCAACAAAAAUACUAGCAAACAGUAUCCAACAGCACAUUAAAAGGAUCAUACACCAUGAUCAAGUGGGAUUUAUCCCAGGGAUGCAAGGAUUCUUCAGUAUACACAAAUCAAUCAAUGUGAUACACCAUAUUAACAAAUUGAAGAAUAAAAGCUAUAUGAUCAUCUCAAUAGUGCAGAAAAAGCUUUUGACAAAAUUCAACGCCCAUUUAUGAUAAAAACUCUCCAGAAAGUGGGCAUAGAGGGAACCUAUCUCAACACAAUAAAGGCCAUAUACGACAAACCCACGGCAAACAUCAUUCUUAGGUGAAAAACUGAAAGCAUUUCCUCUAAGAUCAGGAACAAGACAAGGAUGUUCACUCUUGCCACUAUAAUUCAACAUAGUUUUGGAAGUCCUAGCUACAGCAAUCAGAGAAGAAAAAGAAAUAAAAGGAAUCCAACUUGGAAAAGAAGAAGCAAAACUGUCAUUGUUUGCAGAUGACAUGAUACUAUACAUAGAGAAUCCUAAAGAUUCCAGCAGAAAACUACUAGAGCUAAUCAAUGAAUUUGGUAAAGUUGCAGGAUACAAAAUUAAUGUGCAGAAAUAGCUUGCACACCUAUACACUAACAACGAAAGAUCAGAAAGAGAAAUUAAGGAAACAAUCCCUUCAACAAUGCAACAAAAAGAAUAAAAUACCUAGGAUAAACCAACCUAGGGAGGUAAAAGACCUGUACUCAGAAAACUGUAAGACACUGAUGAAAGAAAUCAAAGAUGACACAAACAGAUGGAAAAAUAUAUCAUGUUCUUGGAUUGGAAGACUCAAUAUUGUGAAAAUGACUAUCCUGCCCAAAACAAUCUACAGAUUCAAUGCAGUCCCUAUCAAAUUACCAAUGGCGGUGCUGUGGGGAAGGGAGAUAGAUUUGUAAACCCCGGAGCGAGGUUCUGCCUACCCGAGGCCACUGCUGUGCGGAGACCCCAGGGGAAACCACCGUCACCAUGUCUGACCAGGAGGCAAAACCUUCAACUGAGGACUUGGGGGAUAAGAAGGAAGGAGACUAUAUUAAACUCAAAGUCAUCAGACAGGAUAGCAGUGAGAUUCACUUCAAAGUGAAAAUGACAACACAUCUCAAGAAACUCAAAGAAUCAUACUGUCAAAGACAGGGAGUUCCCAUGAAUUCACUCAGGUUUCUCUUUGAAGGUCAGAGAAUUGCUGAUAAUCACACUCCAAAAGAAUUGGGAAUGGAGGAAGAAGAUGUGAUUGAAGUUUAUCAGGAAAAAACAGGGUUGUUCAACAAUUUAGAUAUUUUUAUUUUUUUCCCCUUAACCCUUUUUUAUUUUUAAAAACAUUUCUUUUGUAAUGUGGUGUUCAAAACAGAAUUGAAAACUGGCACCCUAUCUCUUUAGAACAUCUGGUAAUUUGAAUUCUAGUGCCCAUUAUUCAUUAUUAUUUGUUUUCAUUGUGCUGAUUUUUGGUGAUCAAACCUCAGCCCCGUUCAUAUCGCCCUCUCCUUUUUAAAAACUACGUGUGUGCACAGGGAGGCC